GAUCCAACACCAAACGACCAGUCUUUAGCUCGGUCAAAUUGCGCAAACGGGUGAUGGACCCUUGAUAUAUCGUUCCAUAGUAUAAGCGACCCUGGUUGAUGAGGCCUGAAGGCUGCGAAACGCUACCAGGUUGAGACGGAAACACGAAGAUCGCUUUCAAUGACCCUCUUAUAACCCACGCUCAUGUUCCAUGGGCGUGAGAACUCCUUUGCGCCACUAGUCACGCUGCUUCUUGACGUAGGGUGCCGAGCUCGCCGCUCCCUGAAGUGAAGGGCAGUAUAAACACGAAAUGUGCGCCAGUCGCCAAUUGACUUAGAGGCAUCAUCGUUUACCAUUCGUGUCACAUCCAACACUCCUUCAUGCCCUGAUCUCCUUUUCAUUUUCACCUUCUCGCACUGAGAAAUAGCUCUCCAAAUAUGAGCAAUUCGCAUAUUUCCAAUGCUUUGGGAUCGCCUACACCACCUCGGCAGGCCGCUGCUCUUUUCAUAACACUAUUUUUUCCUAUCUUGGCUUUACUUACUUUUUUUGCGCGCAUGUGGUCGCGAUUGCGAAUCACUCAAUGCUGGGCAUUAGAUGAUUGGCUCAUGGUGCCGCCUGCCAUUUGCUCCAUUAUCAUGACUCCGUUCUUCUACCUAUAUAUGAAAUUGGGUUACUUUGGAUGGCGUCAGGAGGAUGUGCCAGUUGACUACGACCCAUCACCCGGCCUCUUCUACUUCUACAUCGCGCAAAUCUUCUACAACCCUAUUCUUGCUUUUGUCAAAUGCUCGGUUCUGGUGUUCAUACUCCACAUUGGGCGCCGGCGUAAAGGCGUUCCAUUGAUGGUAUACAGUGUUAUCGCCCUCACAGCACUCCAGGCCAUUUCCGUCUUUUUCGGGGUCCUUCUUCAAUGUCUACCGAUCUCCGCUAAUUGGGACUCUGCUUUACGACCAACAGCGAAAUGCAUCGAUCCUUCCUUCCAUGUGACGAUUUCGAGCUUCACAGUCCUCACUGACUUGAUGGUUCUUGCGCUUCCGUUUUACGUUUUCCUCGGCCUGCAAGUUGGUCGCGGGACUAAAAUCGCAGUACUGUGCUGCUUCGCGUCGGGUGCUGUUGUUACGGCAGUGAGCAUUGCGCGUAUUGAUUCGCUGGUGCGAUUGUUUUACUUCCCUUCAGGCGAUCCCUUCUACGACAUCAAAAUAACUUACUCGAUCGUCGAGCCGAACCUUGCUAUCGCAACUGCAUGCGCCCCCGCGCUUCGUCCGCUUCUGAAGCACUACCUGCCUCGCGUCUUUGGGUCACUCAAGUCCUCGGGAGCCUACGGAAAUAGCUCGAUGCAUACCAGAAACAAGAGUUCUCAUGCUAACUCCGCGUUCCCACUUGAGCCAUAUGCACGCAAGGAGUUUAAACGAGAUGGUCACCAAGAAUUGGCCUCAAUAGCUUCAUCGCAGGAAGAUAUCAAUUCGAAGGUUUAA